UUCAAACCUCCGAGGCCGUGGGCACCGGCUCUCACUCGCCUGCCCGCGGCCGCCGGUGCCCCGGUGGUCCGACCGCUGAACUCGCCUCGGCUGCCUCUCCAGCCCCCGCCCGUCAUGAGAGGCCCGCUCCCCCUGCUCCUUUUCUCCCUGGUUGCCCUUUGUGGGCGAGGGGACUGCCGCGUGGCCAACGCGGAGGAGAAGCUCAUGGAUGACCUCCUGAACAAAACCCGCUACAACAACCUGAUCCGCCCAGCCACCAGCUCCUCAGAGCUCAUCUCCAUCCAGCUGCAGCUCUCCCUGGCGCAGCUCAUCAGUGUGAAUGAGCGAGAACAGAUCAUGACCACCAAUGUCUGGCUGAAACAGGAAUGGACAGACUACCGCCUGGCCUGGAACAGCUCCCGCUAUGAGGGUGUGAACAUCCUGAGGAUCCCCGCAAAGCGCGUCUGGCUGCCUGACAUCGUGCUUUACAACAAUGCCGACGGUACCUACGAGGUGUCUCUCUAUACCAAUGUGGUGGUCCGCUCCAAUGGCAGCAUCAUGUGGCUGCCCCCUGCCAUCUACAAGAGUGCCUGCAAGAUCGAGGUGAAGCACUUCCCCUUUGACCAGCAGAACUGCACCCUCAAGUUCCGCUCUUGGACCUACGACCACACAGAGAUCGACAUGGUCCUCAAGUCACCCACGGCCAGCAUGGAUGACUUCACCCCCAGUGGUGAAUGGGACAUAGUUGCCCUCCCUGGGCGAAGGACAGUGAACCCGCAGGACCCCAGCUACGUGGACGUGACUUACGACUUCAUCAUCAAGCGCAAGCCGCUCUUCUACACCAUCAACCUCAUCAUCCCCUGCGUGCUCAUCACCUCCCUGGCCAUCCUCGUCUUCUACCUGCCCUCCGACUGCGGCGAGAAGAUGACGCUGUGCAUCUCCGUGCUGCUGGCGCUCACCGUCUUCCUGCUGCUCAUCUCCAAGAUCGUGCCGCCCACCUCCCUCGACGUGCCGCUCAUCGGCAAAUACCUCAUGUUCACCAUGGUGCUGGUUACCUUCUCCAUCGUCACCAGCGUCUGUGUGCUCAACGUGCACCACCGCUCACCCAGCACGCACACCAUGGCGCCCUGGGUCAAGCGCUGCUUCCUACACAAGCUGCCCACUUUCCUUUUCAUGAAGCGCCCUGACAGCAGCCCCUCCAGGGCCCCCCAGCCCAGCCAGGCUCACCUGACCAAGUCCAAGGCCGCCACCACCGCCUCGGCCAUGGGCCCCGCCAGCUCCUCCAACCUCUACGGGAACUCCACGUACUUUGUGAACCCUGCCUCUGCAGCUCCCAAGUCUCCAGCCGGCUCUGACUCAGCGGGUAUCCCCAGGGAUUUCCGGCUGAGGUCUUCUGGGAGGUUCAAGCAGGAUGUGCAGGAGGCUUUAGAGGGUGUCAGCUUCAUUGCCCAGCACAUGAAGAGUGACGAUCAGGACCAGAGUGUCAUUGAGGACUGGAAGUACGUGGCCAUGGUGGUGGACCGGCUGUUCCUGUGGGUGUUCGUGGUUGUGUGUGUGCUCGGCACUGUGGGGCUCUUCCUACCUCCCCUCUUCCAGACCCACACACCUUCUGAAGGGCCCUAGGCUGCCCUGCAUGUCUGAGGCCCCCAGGAUGUGGGGUGAGAUGACGUGAGUGGCCAGACGGACAGUCUGCUGCUUCCUUCUGGGUCACGGCUGAUGAGGCCCUAAAUAAAUGAGUCUGUCAGCCAUCAGCCCCAUCAAACAGCCAUGGUCAUGGGAGGGGCAAGGAUGGGGGAGCCUGGACCGUCCUCUCUGAAGGCCUUGGAGGAACCCCAGGAAACCCGCUGCAGGAGGGUCCUUGGAUACCGUAAUUCCGGCUUGGCUUCCUUCCCUGCAGCAGGCACUGGGGAUAAAGAUGCGUGUAGCAGUGGCACCCACAGUGUGCCAGGCAUCUGACCUGCAUGCCGGCUUACCUCUCGCUCCAUCUCCCUGCACUCCUCCUUGUCCACUAGGUUCACUGGCCUUCUUUCAGUCCCUCACGUGCUUCAAGAUCUUCCCAGCUUAGAGCCUCUGCAUUUGCUGUACAUUCUACCCAAACCUUCUUCCCCAGAUGUCUCGUAAGCUCUUCCCACGGCUGCAUCAUUCAGGGCUCUGCUCCGAUCCAUCAUCUGUCCAAUGUCACCUACCCCAGGGGCCUUCCCCAGUCACUCAUCCCAAAGCAUUCCCCCCACAGCCACAUUACCCCGACACCUUCCUCCAGCAGCCCUCGGUACCCAAGACUCUCAUCCGCUAGAGUGUGAGCUCCGUGAGAGCAGGGACCUGGCCCUUCGUGUUUGCUGUGGUAUCCUCAGGGCCUAGGACAGAGCUCGGCCCAUAGUAGGUGCUCAAUAAAUGUUUGUUGAAUGAA